AUGUCGGGCUACAAGAGGUCAGGCUCUCUAACCUCUGAUUCUGAGCUUCGCACAAUCUCGUAUGUUGAUCUAGAGGCUGACACGAUCGGUUGCGGAGCACCGAAUGAGCAAAGUCGCGGCUGGAAGGUCAUGACCACCAGUUACACGAGCUGUCCUGCACCCGAAACCAGCGGUAGCAGUAGUCCUGGCAGUCCCAUGCCGCUGUGUGACGACACCACGUGCAUUCAGCACUUAAACUUCUACCCAAAUCUCUUAUCGGUCGACUUGUCACUCGAUACCGUCGAAGGUCUGCCCGGCCCUGCAGCACCAGACCUCCAUCAGUCUCUGGACUUUCGCCAGUUGCCUGGCAACCAGCCUUUUUCACCCUGGUGCUCUCCCGCCAUCACCGCCAUUUCGCCCCGUGUGCCGGUCAGUGAUUUUGGUCACUUGUCACUUUUUAUUACUUUUGCAACAGCUUCACCUGUUGCUAUUGCCUAA